CUCUCGUUGUCUUGGCGGCUGCGGCGGAGCACGGAGGCGAAGGAGGAGCAGCAGCAGCAGGCGGCGCCGAGGAGCGGCAUCCCACUCAGUGCUUGCAACCAUGGCUAGGGGAUUGAAGAAGCACUUGAAGAGGCUCAAUGCGCCCAAGCAUUGGAUGCUCGACAAGCUUGGCGGAGCUUUUGCUCCCAAGCCAUCUUCUGGACCUCACAAGUCCAGGGAGUGCCUUCCUCUGAUCCUCAUCAUCAGGAACAGGCUCAAGUAUGCUCUGAACUACCGUGAGGUCAUUUCUAUCCUGAUGCAACGCCAUGUACUUGUUGAUGGCAAGGUCAGGACUGACAAGACCUACCCUGCUGGGUUCAUGGAUGUCAUUUCCAUCCCCAAGACAAUGGAGAACUACAGGCUGCUUUAUGACACCAAGGGCCGCUUCCGUCUUCACCCAAUCAGGGAUGAGGAUGCCAAGUUCAAGCUCUGCAAGGUGAGGUCUGUUCAGUUUGGCCAGAAGGGCAUCCCCUACCUGAACACCUACGACGGCCGCACCAUCCGCUACCCCGACCCGCUCAUCAAGGCCAACGACACCAUCAAGAUCGAUCUGGAGACCAACAAGAUCAUGGACUUCAUCAAGUUUGACGUCGGCAACGUGGUCAUGGUGACCGGCGGGAGGAACACCGGGCGUGUAGGUGUGAUCAAGAACAGGGAGAAGCACAAGGGCGGCUUCGAUACCAUCCACGUCGAGGACUCCAUGGGCCACCAGUUCGCCACCCGCAUGGGCAACGUGUUCACCAUCGGCAAGGGCAACAAGCCGUGGGUGAGCCUGCCCAAGGGCAAGGGUAUCAAGCUCAGCAUCAUCGAGGAGCAGAGGAGGCGCGACUUUGCUGCCCAGGCUGCUGCCAAGGCAUAAGUUCUCUGAAUGUGCUGCUUGGAGCUUUUUGCUAUGUCUAGUUUAAUUUUUAUCUGCAAGGAUAUAGAGCUACCUUCCCAAGACUUUAUCAUCAUGUUUUGUUGCUUUUGGUUCUUGAACAGCGUUUGCAGCUUAGCUGUAAUGCUUUAAUUCGACUUUCUAUAUAUUGUUGAACCGUGUUGUCGACA